UGAUAGUGAAUUGUAAGGUUAUGAUAUAAAUAGAAUACAAAGAUAUCUCUAGUCUAAAAUCAGUUUCAAAUGUGCAGUUGUAUAUAUUGAUCCAAAUCCUGAAAUAGGAGGAUACAGAUUAAUUUUAGCAACUAACAGAGAUGAACACUAUGCUAGACCUGCCAUGCCAGCUCAUCUUGAUACAAACACCAAUAUUAUUGGAGGGCAAGACAUGGAAUUGGGAAAAGAAGGAGGUACUUGGUUAGCUUUAAAAAAGAAAGGAGAUCGAAACAAUGGAGAAGGUGAAAAAUAUUGUAUUGGUAUUAUUCUUAAUAUGAGUGGAGUAACAAUAGACAAUGCAACUGGUCGAGGGUAUAUAAUUAAAAAUUAUUUACAAAGCGACAGAACUUUUUUUGAUUAUACUGAUAUUUUGGAUAAUACUUUAUUUAAUGGUUAUAACUUUGUUGGAGUUGAAAUAAGUAAAGAUGCUACUGUUAUUUAUCAUCAUAGUAAUUUUCCAAACAUCAGUUCUCGAUAUACUGGAAAACAAAUUGCAGGCUUUGGUAAUUCUCCUAUAAACAAUCCGCUAAAAAAGGUUACAGAGGGUACACACCGUUUUAAAGAAAUUAUAAACAGAAAUAUAUAUGGAGAAGAACUGGAAAAAGAAUUGUUGGAAUUAAUGAAAGAUCAAACAAAGCAUUUACCAGAUACUCAAUUAGAAAUGUCGAAUUCUAAAGAUGUGAGCUCAAUUUUUGUUAAACUGCAAAAAUAUGGUACAAGAACGCACACAUUAAUAUUUAUAGACUAUAACUGGAAUAUGCAAUUUGUUGAACAUACUCUUGAAGAACCAAUUGAUAUUAAUAAAUUCAAUUGGAAAGAAACCAGAAUUAAUUCAGCAUAAUAAUUUUUUUCAUAAGAAAAUAUUUUACAAUAAUUAAUGGAACUGUAAAUGAAAAAUAUAUCUCUCAAUUUUUCUGAUUAAAUUAAAAAAAGAACAAAUACAAUAACAAUGUUAAAGAGUUAAUAAAAUUCUUUAGAAAUAAAUUGUACAUCAAGA